ACCGUUUGUUUAUGUUUUGUCAGUUUAGUCGCAAAUCUAGUGAAUUUCAUCAAUCAUUUUCUUGAAGACUUAAUUAAAUUAAGCUCAUUCAGUUAUUUAAUGGUAAACAUAGUGAAAAAUCAGUUUGCUACCAAAUGACGUGAAGUUGAGCAAAUUUGUGAAAACAUUACCCAACAAAUGUGUUGAUUUGUUUACAUUUCAAAUUAAGUUUUGUUUAUCAUUGGUCAUUGCAUAUUAAUUUGAGAUAAUCAUGGAGAAGAAGGCUUUUAAGUUUAGGAAAAGGGAUAGCGGGCAAAUUCUCAACAUACACCACACGGUAACGACAACAUCCGGUGAACUGAAACGGAUUCGAUUUUUACAUGUAUGCUUUAGUGACACAAAUGAUAUUUUGGCUGCUGUGGAUUCAAGAGGUAAUUGCAACGUGUUCGAUUUGAAGAACCGCGAUACGUGGGCCUGGCGAGAAAAAAUACCAUUAUGCUCUGCACUCAAAUUCGUACCGAAAUCGACAUUGAAAGUUAUAGCUGGAACAAAAAGCGGAGGCCUAAUGAUGUUGGACAUGGCUACUGGUGAUUUACUGCACACAAUCCAUCCAUUUGCAUCCAAAAUCAGCAAUGUUUCGUUUCCGUCCACCAAUGCUGACAUAUUUUUAGUCACAACCAAAACGGAUGCUAUCAUAUUCGAUUCGCAUAAUUUCCAACAAAAACAACGUCUCGAAUAUCCAGCAGCAGCAAUUACAAUAAAACAAAUGAAGUUUCGGAACCAAUCCGAUCAUAUCUAUGGCAUAUUCAGCAAUGAUGCGAUACACAUCUGGACCCAUGAAAAUUUCCAGUUGAUUGAACGUAUCCAUCCCAUUGAUGAGAGAGCAAAUUUUCUCAAAAACUCAAAUUCCCAGCAAAUCGAUUUGAAUGCCAACACAUCGGACGGCAGCGAUGUUAUGGUGCGGAAUUACACAAAAGAUUACACCAAAGGAAGGAUUGUCGAUGUUUCGUUUUCCGUUAAGUAUAUGUGCGUCGCAACCAUUGAUGAGUAUUUGAUGGUAUUCGACACAGCUGCUUGGAACCUGACGAAAUUGAUUCAGUCACCCGGCAUCGCCGUUUUUCAUACACAAUUUAUUAGCACUGCUGAUGCAACCGAUGAGAUGUUGAUUGCUGUAGUGACAUUGGCUGCAGAUACCAUCGUAUUGGAUUUGAACAAUACGAGUGAAAAAUUGUGUGUACAAGCGAACCAAACGGUUAAAGUGGAACUUACCGCAAAUUCGGCACUGAUGGCAAUUUUGCUGCGAUCCGGAGAGAUUAAAGUAUUUGAUGUGAAUGCUCUGACUGAGAAAUUACAGACGUUGCAAACGGGGACUAGAAAUGAUGAUAAAGACGGGCAGCAGCAGUUCAAUUGGAUUAACGAGAAGAUGCAAAAAACGAUGCCCAGACAACGAUUGCAACAGAUUCUGAAGGAGUAUUUGGAAUAUCCGACGAAGUACCGUCAACUAAUUUGGAAAACUUGUCUACAACUUCCAGACAAUCGAAGCUCAUUUACCGAACUGUUGAAGAAAGGCUACCAUCCGUGUGUGGGAAGCUAUGACGAAUUGUAUCCGCUAAAAGACGUGUCUGCUCAUCGGAACCUGAAGCGCAUCGUUUCUGUGCUGGCCUACUGGAGCAAAGUAUUCGCCCAAUGCGACUACAUACCGAAAUUUGUGUUUCCUUUUGUGAAAGAGCUUGGCACGAAUUUAAUUCUUUGCUUCGAAACGAUCGCAACCGUCCUACUGAAUCACGGUCAAUUGCUUUUCGAGUUUGCGCCAUUGGAACCGGUCAAUUAUCUGGGCAUCAUUGAGAACAUUUUAUCGCAUUACGAGCCACGAUUGCUGGCAUUUUAUGUUGGAAAGAAUGUCACAUCGAAAACGUUUGCGUGGUCACUUUUGCAAACUGCUUUCACCGAAGUGUUGGAUGAGGAUCAGUGGCGUCAGUUAUGGGAUCAUAUAGUGUCGAAUGCCGUGGAAUUUUUGGCCUUUUCCGUUGUGGCUUACAAUAUUGUCAUGAAGGAUAUGAUUAUGAGACUCGAUACAAAGGUGACGGUUGAACGAUUUUUCGAAGAACAGAAUUCCAUCGAAAUGAAGCGCUUCAUUCGGAGGACCUAUGAGAUUAUGGAAAAAUGUCCGGAAAGCUUGAGACCCAAUAGAUACUUGAAACAAUUUGCACCACUCACUUCGGGCUUCUAUGAAAAGUUCACCAAUUUCCCACGAGCACUUAUAGCAGUCAAAGAUAAGGAGGUGGACAAACUGAUGGCGGAAAAUCGGAUCCUGAAUGACAAGCUCUAUGAACUGGAAAAAAGGCAACUGGCAUGGGCGGAUCGAUUAGAGGGGACGCUGAAGGCUGAAGAACAUACGAAACGUUUAAUGGCAGUGGAGAAGGCCUAUGAAGACAAAAUUAUUAAGGAACAGGACCGAGUCGCAAUGCAACGCAAACACUUGCUGUUGUAUCAGAAACAAUUAAGAGAUAGUGAACUGCAUUUACUGGAAGAAACACGCAGUUCCAUGUUACGACGAAAGUUAAUGGAAAAAGAAAACGACGUGGAAUUGCUGUCGAGGCGUUUCGAUCGGAUUAGGAUGAAAGACGAGGGAAACUUACUGUUUGCCGAAGAAGAACUCAAACAGAGGGAAAUGGAAUUGCUGGUUAAGAGAUACAAUUUGGAUGUGAAGAGUGAUGUUGCAGACAACCCACUUUCUUUGCGAAACGAGAAAGCAAUUCAGGCAUUGGAAAGCGAGCUGGGUGAGCUGGAUGCUGAUAUGAUCAAAGAUUACUGCGAAAAUUUACGAUGAUAUGCCGUCUUAUUAUUGCAACAAAGACAUAUUUCUCGUAGAAGUUCGGCAAAUCGAAAUAAAUUUAAAACUAAAUAAAAAAGUGAAGAAAAAUUAAAUGAAAAAAAUAAUUAUUAUAUUUUGGUUGUGUCUCAGACAAUUUUAUAAUUUAAACUACUGACUUUAAUGUCACAGGCGAGUGAACAAGAAAUAUUAGGCGUCAAUAAAAGUAAAGAAUUUCAGGACAGGGUAUCGAUAUAAACAGCAUCAAGAAGAACUGAAGAA